AAGCAAAAUCAGCAAACAUGUUUCUUACGUUGAGCGUCGUGUUGGGUCUGGCAGCUGCCUCUCUGGCCGCUCCGUCACAGCCUCCCUACGGAUACUCUCCUCCUCCCUCUUACCAGACUCCAGCUCAGUACAACUUCGACUGGGUCGUGAAGGACGACUACUCCGCCAACGACUACGGCCACCAGGAGUCCCGCGACGGAUACAACACACAGGGAUCCUACUACGUGCAGCUUCCCGACGGUCGCCUGCAGAAGGUCACCUACCACGUGGACGGCGACUCAGGCUACGUGGCCGAGGUCAGCUACGAGGGACAUGCUCAAUACCAAGCCCACCAACCUUCCUACCAUCCUACACCUGCAUACCAGCCUACCCCUUCAUACCACACCACCCCUUCCUACCAUCCUACACCUUCCUAUAGACCUACUCCUUCUUACAGGCCAAGACCUCAUCACUGAAUAGCUAAUUUGUAAAACAUAUAAAGCAUAUUCCUAUUUACUAUCUUUUGUAUCUCUUAAAAUAAAUAUAUAUUGACA